GCUGCUGCUGCCAAAGGCUUUGGGACAUUAUGAGCUGUUCGUAGGUCUUUCCAGUACUUGGACGAAGAAAUGAUUAGAGUAUUAUACCCAACCUUCGCGAGACCGCAUCUGGAAUAUGGAUAACCGUAGUCCAUGUGGCCCAUAUUGAACUCAUUUGUUUGUAAUACUGUAAAUCCGGCCUCUUCAGAUCUGCCCCUAAAUGGUUGUUUUGUUAUUUAAUUUCUCAGGGAAUAAUCUAUUGUUUGUAGAUCCAUUUAUUUCAGGGACUCAACAGUUAUUCAGUUGCAACGCUGACAAAGUACUGGCUCUUAAGCACCUCGAGUGAUAUUACUUAAAGGUUUAAAAUUCUUUUCCCUUCAUAAUGAAAAAUAUGUUAUUUCAAUACUGGUAGGUUCAAGUGUUUAGUUUAGUCAUAGAUUGUAAAUCAGUCUGUAUCGACAAAGUCAACUUUGAUUCAUAAUAAAACGAUAGCUAUCGGGCUGAUGGAUGUAAAAAUCUCAGUAUAUGUUCGGGAACUUUGUUUAAAUCUUACUAAACAUCCCCUGUGCCACAGUUAUGUUAGAUGAACUACCGCAUCGAGUUAAUUGGAAAGACAGUAAUACUACUAUUGGGAGUGGUUUAACAAGUCUUACGACUGGUUUUCAUGAAACGCACAAGGAAAGAUCUGAAGAUUGUGUUGGAAGUUGGACGAACCUAGAAGAUUGCAGACUGCUUGAUCAUGUCUCUCGACUGGGUGAAAAUCGUUGGAAUCUUAUUGGAAAAAAACUUGGCAAGUCAGCUUUUCAAUGCUCAGAAAGAUAUUUGAAGCAUUUACGUCCUCAAAUGUUAGGAUCCAGUAAAACCUAUACAACUCUAAUACAACAUAGAGCUAUACCACAAACAAUUCUCAAUUCAGAUCAAAAUUCAACAUGGACAAAAGAUGAAGACUCAACUCUCCUCCAGUUGUAUUUAACAUAUGGAUCCAAUUGGGAGUUAAUAGCUAAUCGCCUAACCACUAGUGGUAGUUCGCAUAAAAAACGAACUGCUGUAGAUGUAAGACAACGAUAUGAAAAAGUUGUUCUCCAAUAUUGGCCCAAUUAUGAUCAAGAAAAUCGUCCACUCUCUAGUUUACUGUUUCGUAAUUCGCUAUUAUCCUGGUCAAAUAGUCCUAAAAAUAACAGUACUCACAACAACACAAGUUCAAAUGAUCAAUCAAUAAUUAGUAAGAACAUUCCUCGACCUACCUAUCUAAUCCCAUUAUCUUCAUUAAAGUCGAAUUACGAUUCUACAACAAAUGGAAAUUGGAAAAUUCGUCUGACCCAACCUAUUCAUCAUCAUGAUUCAGGUUUUAGUGAAUCUGGUUUGUCGAACAGUGUCCAAUCUGGUGGAAGUAAUUCUCAGCAAUCUCUGAGGUAUUCGGUUGUGACGACUUCCAUCAGUUCCCACAAUUCCUUAUUAUCUACAUCGACUCCAGUGGAUUUAAUUAAAAAUGGUCCAUUAUUAUCUAGUCCUGAUAAAUCUCAAUUCAGCCUACCAUCAUCAUCAUCAUUAUUAUUUAUCAAAUCAAAUUCACCUAAAUUACUUGAAUCUAGUAUAAAUGACGAUCUCACUAAUUCUCCUACUUCUUCGUUUUCAUUUAAUUUUUAUAAUAAUCAUAAUAACAAUAAUAAUAAUAAUUGUUCAUCAAAAACAACCUCUCCAUUAAAAUCAAUUCAUCAGACAACAAAUGGAUCGUUAAGUGUUCUGAUAACUGAUGAUAACAACAGUAAUAAUACUAAUAAUAAUCAUUUUGUUAUACAAACACCUACAAAAGCAUUAAGUGAAGCUGAUCAAUUAUCAUUUCAUUUAACUAGUCCACCAGCUGUUUUAGGUUCUGCUGGUCGUUAUCCUGUUACUAAUUUAAAUCAUAAAAUAACAGAUUUAGAUAAAACUCCAAUUGGUUCAACAAUUCCACGUUGUUCACAAAUAAGAGGAGACGGUGCACCGUUACGCAGACCACUCUGUACCAGGUUGUUUGAUAAUAUUCCAAAUAAUACUUCUCUUCCUUCAACGUCACUUUCUUCAUCGUUUACAGUUAGUAAUACUAAUCGUAAUAAUUUGUCCGAGAAAGCUUUCUCAACGUUAUCCUCUUCAACAACAUCAUAUAAUUCCUGUGAUGAAGCUAAAUGUAUAGCUAUUCUUACAGCCAAAGCUACUGUUUGGAAUCGAGCACUUUUACCAACCACUUCUACAUCAACAACUGCGACAUCUUCAUUGUCAACAUCUCAAAAAUCUCAUCUUUCUUAUUUUACUACGAAUAAUAAUAAUUGUAACAGAUUAUUCAAUGAGAAUGAAUUCAACAUGAAUCCAUAUCAUUCUCUUAACUUUUCAAUUUCUAAAGAUACAAUGAUGAAUUAUCAUAAUAAUCUAUAUCCUUAUAAAUCAUAUUCUCAAAUAGUUAAUAAUGAUGUUAACUUUAAUCCUCCAUUAAAACCAUUAAAAUUUCCUGCUAGAAAACAACCUCAUUUAACACUUCGACGUAUUGUACAAAUUGCUAAUGAAGAUGAUUGGCAAGAAGUUGCUUAUGGUAAUAGCUAUGCUUCUCAAACAUUAAUUCGACUAGCUAAAUCAUUUACGAACAAUUAUCAACAACAACAAUCUAUUAGUGAAUUAAAUGAUCUCUCAUCUCAUUCAUCAUUAUCUUCACCAUUAUUGCCUAUAAUAAAGAGAACAAUAUCAGAAGAAUCAAUUAAUCAUUAUUCAAUUGAUCAUCAAGAUUGUUUCUUGGAACUAGAACAAUCGAUGGACAAUUAUUAAUGAGAAUUAUUCUCUUUUUAUCUUUACUUCAUUUACUUCGUUUUUAAUACAGUAUAUUUUAAAGUGUGACAACUCGAACUAAUGUACGUACGUACGAAGUUCUACGUUGUUACUGACUGACUGAUUUUAAAGUGUGACAAAUACAAUCCCAUUUGGGUUAUAUAUAUAUUUAAUAGUUUCAACAUUCUAGUUUCGUUUUAUUUAACAGUGGAUUAUUAAUUUGUAAUCAUAUGUUAGUUGGUUAGUAAUAGGAAUGAGUUUUUUAUUCGAUUUGGUCAAGAAAGAAUUUUUGUUUCAUUUCAGUCUCUUUUUUUUCCUCAUAUUCUCCCAUACCACUCAUUACUACAACUCCUUGAUCUUCAUCUUAUGAUGAUAUAGUACUGGUAUAAAAAACAAAACAAUGUUGUACUGUACCAUUUCAAGUUCAAUCACUCUUUCAUGUCUACAUACUUUUUACCGCUAUUGCUACUUUUCUUGAGAAUUGAUACUUAUCAUUUGAAGCUGGAUUAAAAAUAACCACCAUUUCUAGUUUUCUUUCUUUGUUUCUUUAUUAUCAUAAGUGAUCAGAUGAUAUCAAUUCAUGUGAAUGAGUGAAUCUACAAUGUUAAUGUUAAUUAGGAAUCAAAUGGAUUUGAUCUGAAAGUGUGUCUAUGUAUUCGAUUUCAUUUCAAUCUCUAUUAUCAUUAUUCUUUAGUCAUGAUCUUCAUAGUUUUAUAUGUGAUUUUCACAGGAAAUCACUUAUCAAUUUGAUAUUAUAAAUAUGUAUCAUUUCUCAUCCUUAUUCCGAGUGAUUUAUAUAUACUAUUGAAAAAAAAAUUAAUCAUAUUACUAACAACACUACUCAUAUUAGUAAUAUUCAUCGUAUUGUUUACACAUUAACUAGGUGGUUUUUCUUCUCCAAACUAAGCAAUUAUGUGAUAUUCAUUAAACAUAUAUAUAUGUGUAUAUAUAUAUGUAAUUAUGAAUUCAUCUUUGUUUAUUGUUACUCUUCACUAUGAAAUAACUAUAGGUGUUCAUUAUUCUUUUUUCUCAUACAUUCACUUCUUUAAUCUUAUGUUAUAUUUCCUCUUCUCCUUCUUCCUCUUCCUCUUCUUCUCCUUCUCCUCCUUCUUCUUCUUCUUCUUCCUCCUCCUCCUCCUCUUCUUCCUCCUCUUCUUCUUCUUCUUCUUCUUCCUCUUCUUCUUCUUCUUCUUCUUCUUCUUCUUCUUCUUCUUCUUCCUCCUCUUCUUCCUCUUCCUAUUACUGUUUAUCAUUUCAUUUUACUUGUAAUUCUUAUAUGAAUCGUAUGAAAUGUGUUACAUCCUAAUGUAAUUUAUCAUAAUUCAAAUGAUUCAUUCUUUAUUCUCAAUAAUCUUUCUUUAAUGUUGUGUAUACACAAUUCAUGAACAUGUUGUCUACUUUUGUGUAUUCGAUUACCAAAACCAUAAAUUCAUACUAUAUUCCCAUUGAUCCAUUAUAAUUUCUUAUUCUUCUCUUAAAAUCUAAUUAUAAUAAUUACAUAACAGUGUUUGUUUUGUUUUGUUUUUAUCUCUUCUAUCUAUACCCUUAUUGCAUGAGAAACUAGUUACAAUACAAUAUGAUUAUACUCUAUCCUAUAUGUCAUUUAAGAUUAUUAACUCCAUUUAUCUCGAUCAUCUUGUUUUAAUGCUUACUUUAUAAAUAAAAGUCAAUUUUAUA